AUGAAGUUGCCAGCGUUCAAAAAAGACGGAAUGUCUCGAAAAGAGCAGAGAAAAUCGGCGAAACAGCUGAAAAAGAUGCAAGCCAAGGCAUUUGCUCAAAGAACACCGAUAGAACAAGUGAUGCGCGAGACGAUGGGAAUGACGAAAGAAGACAAAAAGAAGCGGAAACGGAAGAGACAGGCGGAAGCGAAGAAGGAAGCAAGGAAAAUGGAAUUUUUGCAGCAAAAACAGCGAAAAAAUGGGGAUUCGGAGGAUUCUGAUGAGGACGACGAUGAUCUAGAAAAUGCUGAAGACGAAGAAGAGAAUUCCGCCAAAAAAUUCAAAGGAAUCGUAGAAAUCAGCGUGAAUAAAGGAAAAAGGAAGUAUGGAGACGAAAGUGAGGAUUCUGAUGAAGAUCUGACAUAUGAGCAAUAUCUAGAAGAGGUUCAGUCAGCCACCAAAAAACGCCGUGAAAAUCAACAGGACGGAAUCGAGGACGACGACGCGGCCAUUCGAAAAUACGGAGUGCUUUUGGGUGUGAAUGAGCAGAAAAAGGAGCGGGAUGGCAAGAUGAAAGUGCCGAAAUCGAUGAAAUCCGAUGGAUUGGAUUUGCUUCUCGAUUUCUGCGAUUCUGAACGGCGUAAAGAGUUGAUGGAGAAUGAGUUAGACGAUGAUGAUGAAGACGUGGAAGAUGAGGAGGACGAAUUUAGGGAUGAGCAAUCUGAAGAUGAUAGUGAUAAGGAGGAGGAGAAGGAAGAGGAGGCGUUGGAUUUGUCAGAAGGAGAUGAAGACGUUGACGAGGACGACGAUGAGGAGUCUUUGAUUGAUGAAAUGGUGACGGACGAAGAAGAGGAUUCAGAAGACGUCACCACGACUUCAGAAGCUCCAGAAGUCGUCUCCGAAGACAUUUACGGUCGAAAAAUCAAUAAAUCGACAGGAGAGCUGAUUCGUUUCGAUCCGGCGGCGGCUCGGAGAAAACUAGAAGAGCUGGAUUCAGCGAUAACGUCAUCUGGAGAGCAGAAGCAGAAAGUGGAUCGAGCUGUUAACAGUAUUAUCAAUAAGCUGUCAGACGCCAUGUUGAUCAAAUCGCAACAAGCGAUCGCUGAGCUAUGGGCGGAUAGCUCAAAAAAUGAUGUCAAAAGUGCACUCUACAAAUGCCUAUCAAAGGCUCUUCUGGCUCCAUUCCGCCUGCAGGACUCGUUGCUCACCACAUAUGGAGCAUUCAUCACGAUGUGUCAUACAAUGAUUAGCAAUGAGAUUUCGGCCCACUUCGUCGAAUGUUUCCUUUGUGACUUGGUAAAAUCGAUUUCCGACGCGGAGGAGCCCGACGACAAAUCCAUGGAGAAUCGUGUAGUUUUCACGGCGUUUUUAGUCGUUUUUCGGAUUCUCCAACCAGCGAUUCUCGUUGAAAUUGUGGAAAAAUUGGAGGGAAAUUUGAAUCUAACCAACCUUUUUGCAGUCCGAACUAUUGUUGCUUACGCCUAUAAAUCGCUCAAAAAGACGGCCUGGCCACAAAUCACUGCGAAAAUCGAUAAAAUCGCCGCGGAUUUUCAGAAAAAGCCGAUUUCAGCACUGCCACGUGCGAAAUUUUUGCUGGAAGAGGUGAUAGGCCUAAAAAAGGCCCCACCAAAAGCCAUUGAUUAUGAAGUGGUGGAGCGGCAAGUCAAAGUGCUCCAUGGAAUCACUAAAAAGAAAGGAAGCUCCGCCUCCUCGGAUUCCAAAGAACUAUCGAUGACACUGAUCGAUUUGUUGCACGCCGAGGAGAGAGGAAGAUGGUGGAUCAUCGGAUCGGCAUUCCGAUUGCCCGAACAAGGCGGCUACGGCCUUCUGGCGUCAGCCGCAGGCGCCAAUCCCAAGAAGACGACGUCAUUCCCACCAGAAGUCGUCGCACUGGCGACGAAGGCCGGCAUGAAUUCUGAGAUUCGACGUCACAUCUUUUGUAGUGUUGCCACCGCCGAUGACGAGGACGACGCCUUCGAACGUCUUCUGAAACUUCAGUUGAAGGGGGAAAAGGAGCGAGAACUGGUCCAUGUCCUGAUAGCGAUGAUGAUGAAGGAGAAGACGUUCAACGCAUUCUACGCGACACUUCUUCAGCGAUUCUGUGAAUUUAAUAGGAGAUUUGUGAUCACUCUCCAAUUCGCCCUGUGGGACCGUCUUCGUGAGUGUGACCAACUGAAACCCUAUCAGCGAUCGUCGAUUGCUCAGCUUCUACAGUACCUCAUCGCAAAUGAGGUCAUGUCGAUUACGGUACUCAAGACUGUCGAAUGGGCGACACGAUCCGCGGCACUUACAGUAAUCCUGAAGAAACUGUUCAUCGGAAUUGCGAAAUCUCCAGAAUCCGUGCUCAGACGCGUCUUUGAGCCGGUUGUGAACCCGCAAAAACGAGCCAAAUUCGAAAUGCUGUCUGAGGGAAUGCGAGUGUUCUGGCACAUGAAUCUGAAGGAUGUCGAAGCCUACCGUAAGGUGGACCAAUGGAUUAUGGAGAGUGGAUAUGACUGA